AACCGUUUUUCUCAAGCAUCAUUUCCUCAAACCUCAUUAAACUCUUCUUUCAUUCAUUGACUCAUCAAAACCUCUUUUCUUCUUCUUCAUCACCUCUUUCACCUUCUUUAUUUCUCUUACUUCACUUUAUCCACAACCUUAAAUGGUGCUAUUAUCCAAACCAUCAUCAGAACAAUACACCUAUGUUAGGAACAACAUGCAAGCAACUACAUUUUCCUCAUCAAUUCCUCUUGUUGACCUAUCAAAACCAGAUGCAAAGAGCCUCAUAGUAAAAGCUUGUGAAGAUUUUGGAUUCUUCAAAGUCAUAAACCAUGGAAUCCCUAUGGAAGCUAUAUCCCAAUUGGAAUCUGAGGCCUUCAAAUUUUUCUCUCUCCCUCUAACAGAGAAAGAAAAAGCUGGUCCUGCAAAUCCAUUUGGGUAUGGUAACAAAAGGAUUGGACCCAAUGGUGAUGUUGGUUGGGUUGAAUACCUUCUUCUCAAUACCAAUCAAGAACAUAAUUUCUCUCUUCAUGGCAAAGACAUAGACAAAUUUAGGUGUUUGUUGAAUGAUUAUAAGUGUGCUAUGAGGAAUAUGGCAUGUGAGAUACUUGAUUUGAUGGCAGAAGGGUUAAAGAUUCAACCAAAGAAUGUGUUUAGCAAGCUUGUGAUGGAUAAACAGAGUGACUCUGCUUUUAGGGUUAAUCAUUACCCUGCUUGUCCUGAAUUAGCUAUAAAUGGUGAAAAUUUGAUUGGGUUUGGAGAACACACAGACCCUCAAAUUAUAUCACUUUUGAGGUCAAAUAAUACUUCAGGAUUUCAAAUUUCUCUUAGAGAUGGAAGUUGGAUUUCAGUCCCACCUGAUCAUAGAUCCUUCUUCAUCAAUGUUGGUGAUUCUCUUCAGGUUAUGACUAAUGGGAGGUUCAAAAGUGUGAGACAUAGAGUUUUGGCAAAUGGUAUCAAUCCAAGGCUCUCAAUGAUUUACUUUGGUGGACCACCUUUGAGUGAGAAAAUAGCACCAUUGCCUUCACUCAUGAAAGGAAAUGAAAGCUUGUACAAAGAAUUUACAUGGUUUGAGUACAAGAAUUCUACUUAUGGAACAAGAUUGGCUGACAAUAGGCUGGGAAAUUAUGAAAGGAUUGCUGCCUCCUAAUACAAGAGGGUUGUAGUGUGUGGUUUCACUUGUCAAUACAAAUAAGGGGAUACAAUACAUACACUAUAAUUAUCAUAAAGGGUUUUUUUUUUUUUUUUUUUUUUUUUGAAGUCUUUUUCUUUGUGCUACUUUAAGGUUACAAUUAUAAGUCAUAAUGUGUCAUAGAUAUGAUAGUGUUUAUUCCCCUUUUGCUUCAAUACUCAUGUAUGCACUUUUAUAAGGAAAUGGAAUCUGUUUGUGUUAACUA